CGCUAGGAGGUGGGGGUGGGGCUCCGGACCGGGCCAGGUUCCGUGUGCGAGGUCCCAGGCUGGAGAGCGGAGCGGUAGGCUCCCCUUCGGCUUAAGGUCUCGCUCAGAAAACCUCAACAAUAGGGAGGGCUCCGCCUCCUCGCUUCAUCCUCUGCCCCGGCUAGUAGGGGUUCGCCUCGGUACUCGCCGGCUUUCCAUUCCUACUGGUCUCCGGAGUCCGGAAGGCAGGGCCAGAGCUGAGAGAGCAGCGGCAGGAGAGGGGCAGCAGGAUGAAUGUGGGCACCGCGCACAGCGAGGUGAACCCCAACACGCGGGUGAUGAACAGCCGCGGCAUCUGGCUCUCCUAUGUGCUGGCCAUCGGGCUUCUCCAUGUUGUGCUGCUCAGCAUCCCCUUCGUGAGCGUCCCUGUCGUCUGGACUCUUACCAACCUCAUCCACAACAUGGGCAUGUACAUCUUCCUGCACACGGUGAAGGGGACACCCUUUGAGACCCCGGACCAGGGCAAGGCGAGGUUGCUGACCCACUGGGAGCAGAUGGACUAUGGGGUCCAGUUCACAGCGUCUCGGAAGUUCUUGACCAUCACUCCCAUCGUUCUGUACUUCCUCACCAGCUUCUAUACCAAGUACGACCAGAUCCAUUUCAUCCUCAACACUGUGUCCUUGAUGAGUGUGCUCAUCCCCAAGCUGCCCCAGCUCCAUGGCGUCCGGAUUUUUGGAAUCAAUAAAUACUGAGGGUGCAGCCCCUUCCCCUGCCCAGGAUGGCGGGGGAGGGGUGAGGCCUGUACUGUGAUGCUGAAGACAGAACGAGCCUCUGGAUACUGCCAGAGAUGGGAGUUGAGCCUCUGGGCCCUAGUUUCUCCGCUCUUGUCCCCCAGUAGCUGACUUGAAGUAGCUUGUAGAGGGGUUGGGGUGGGCCCCCCACGGCUCUGACCCUUUCUGAUUUUUUUCAUCUUUUCCUUUUGCCUUUUGGGUAGAGACUCCAUGGGGGUAGUCAUGGAAUGGGCUGGGCUCUGGGGCUGAAUACAGACCUGUGAGGUUAGACAAGAAGCCAGGGAAACCCCCUGUUCACUUGCUCAUCCUAUUGCUAAAGCACUUUAACCUCUGCGAGGGGAGCAGAGGGGAUGGUACAGCUUCUAGAUUGUUUCACUUUAAUUCUUAUCUUUUAGGAUGACACUCAGUGUGUGCUUGUAUGUAUGAAAGCAAGUGCGUGACGGUGCCUCAUCCCUCUGGAUAGAGAACCAUCUAUUCCAUGUCUCAUGCUUUUGGUAGCUCCCCUCUGACCCAUCCUGGGUACUGGGUGGGAGUGGGGAGGGUAAGGAGAAGGAUGGUGGGGCUGGGUGUGGAUGGCCUGGUCCCAGAGGUGAGGGGCCAGGGCUGCUGCCAUCCUGGCCCUGGUGGAGGUGGGGGGUGGAGGGAAAUAGUGAGUUGAGACUUAGAAGAAGGGGUCUGCAUAGCAGCAGAGAUUGGUACAAGGGAAGGAGGGUAGGGACAGAAGCUAAACCCAAACUCAUCCUUUGGGAAAUGGUCAGGGAGCGGGGCAGCUUGGAGAGUUAAUUUACCCACAGCAUGAUGGUGGUAAUAGGAAAGGAGGCUGCUGUGGGUUUGAAGCUCUGGGUUGGCACGAGGGGGUGGUGAUGGGUGGAAGAGGCCUGUGAGUCAUUGUAAGCACAGGUCCAGUUUGACACUGCCUUUGGUGUGAGGGACAUGGGGAAACUGGGGCAGAAAUAAUGAAUGGUGGGGCCCUCCCCUAGCCCUUCACCUCGUAACUUGUGCAUAAUGGAAAGAGUGAAGACUGGCCUGCAGGUGCUGUCUCCUGUCUGAGGAGAAGAGGGGUGGGCUGGAGAGGAGCCACCUUCUCCCCUCCCCAUAUGAUUAGCAUCUGUAUUACUUUUGAAAAGGUGUGGGUUCCUGUGCCCCCUCCCAGGGCCCUGAGGGAGAAGGGGAGGUCAUUGGCCCUUUUUUCUGCCUUCUGGUCCCCCCAACUCCCACCCCAUCAUGUAUCAUAGGGAACUUUCACCUCAAAAUCUUUCUAAGCAAAGUGUGAAUAGGAUUUUUACUCCCUUUGUACAGUAUUCUGAGAAAUGCAAAUAAAGGACACUGUGUUCCUAUUUC